AUGGGCAAGGAGAAGACCCACAUCAACAUUGUGGUCAUCGGCCACGUGGACUCAGGCAAGUCCACCACAACAGGCCACCUCAUCUACAAGUGUGGAGGCAUUGACAAGAGGACCAUUGAGAAGUUUGAGAAGGAGGCAGCGGAGAUGGGGAAGGGCUCCUUCAAGUACGCCUGGGUGCUGGACAAGCUGAAGGCAGAGCGUGAGCGAGGCAUCACCAUCGACAUCUCCCUCUGGAAAUUUGAGACGACCAAGUACUACAUCACCAUCAUUGACGCCCCAGGCCACCGGGACUUCAUCAAGAACAUGAUCACUGGCACGUCCCAGGCUGACUGUGCAGUGCUGAUCGUGGCUGCGGGCGUGGGUGAGUUUGAGGCAGGCAUCUCCAAGAACGGACAGACACGGGAGCAUGCCCUGCUGGCCUACACUCUGGGCGUGAAGCAGCUCAUCGUGGGCAUCAACAAGAUGGACUCCACUGAGCCACCCUACAGCGAGAAGCGCUACGACGAGAUUGUCAAGGAGGUCAGCGCCUACAUCAAGAAGAUUGGCUACAACCCGGCCACUGUGCCCUUUGUCCCCAUCUCUGGCUGGCACGGUGACAACAUGCUGGAGCCCUCACCCAACAUGCCAUGGUUCAAGGGUUGGAAAGUGGAGCGCAAGGAAGGCAAUGCCAGUGGUGUGUCCCUGCUGGAAGCCCUGGACACCAUUUUGCCCCCUACACGCCCCACCGAUAAGCCCCUGCGCCUGCCGCUGCAGGAUGUGUACAAGAUUGGCGGCAUCGGCACGGUGCCUGUGGGCCGUGUGGAGACAGGCAUCCUGCGGCCCGGCAUGGUGGUGACCUUUGCACCCGUGAACAUCACCACUGAGGUGAAGUCAGUGGAGAUGCACCAUGAGGCACUGAGCGAGGCCCUGCCUGGUGACAAUGUUGGCUUCAACGUGAAGAAUGUGUCCGUCAAGGACAUCCGCAGGGGGAACGUGUGCGGGGACAGCAAAUCCGACCCGCCCCAGGAAGCCGCCCAGUUCACCUCCCAGGUCAUCAUCCUGAACCACCCUGGGCAGAUCAGUGCUGGCUACUCGCCAGUCAUUGACUGCCAUACGGCCCACAUUGCCUGCAAGUUUGCGGAACUGAAGGAGAAGAUUGACCGGCGCUCAGGCAAGAAGCUGGAGGACAACCCCAAGUCCCUCAAGUCGGGUGAUGCGGCCAUUGUGGAGAUGGUCCCAGGGAAGCCCAUGUGUGUGGAGAGCUUCUCCCAGUACCCGCCUCUCGGCCGCUUCGCCGUGCGCGACAUGCGGCAGACAGUGGCCGUGGGCGUCAUCAAGAACGUGGAGAAGAAGAGUAGGCCCACAGGUGUGCAGGUUACGUGCAGCAUGGCUGUGGCGCAGCCCCCCGACGAGGUGCAGCACAGGCUGGGAUCAGGCCGGCCGUCCUUGGAACGAGGGCCCAUCCCCAACAGGGAGUGUCUGCACAUACCCCUCUUCAGCAGGACCUGUGCCGUGCUAGUGGUCACUGAGAUGGUCUGGGUUGAUAUCAACGUGCUGGAAGCUAAAGCUGAGAAGUGUUGA